CCGGUUUCUUGAUAGACCGCGAGCGAACCUGGAAGAAGGAAGCAUCUGACCACACACACGCGCCGCCUUCCAGGGAAACCCUCACGCCCCGGUGCAGCUCAGAUCUCCGGCUGACCUCCUGGCUGACAUGAAGCUCAAUUUGCUCGCGUCCACCGCGGUCCUGCUCGUCGCCUUGCUGCCACGUUAUGAAUGUAGAGCGAUCGAGAGCGCCGGCGCGCAGCUCGCUCCCGGUGCCGGAGCCCAGGCGCUCGCUCAGCAGCAGUCCCUCCCACUUCUGGUGCGCCUAGGAGAGGAGUACUUCGUGCGGCUCGGCAGCGCGAACCAGAACCAGCCCGUGGUCACCGGUGACAUGCCGCCCAACGCCUCCUCCUCCUCCUCGUCGUCGACCAUGAGAAAGGCUCUCCUGCUGGAGCUCACGCAGCGCCUCCUGCACGGCAAACUUGACAACGUGGCGGGUCGCUUUGUGAGCAGCUACGGCAGCCCGCUCGACGACUCCGUGGAGAGGGGCAAGCGCUCCGAGGAGCCCCCCAUUUCCCUGGACCUGACUUUCCACCUGCUCAGAGAGGUGCUGGAGAUGGCCCGCGCCGAGCAGCUGGCCCAGCAAGCCCACAGCAACAGGAAAAUGAUGGAGAUCGUCGGCAAGUGAAGCGCGAGCCCCAGCGCGUCUGCCAAAGAAGUUUCUACAUCUAGCACAGAACACGAUAUUCUGUACCAUAGUGCUGCUUUUACAUUAUUUAUUUAUUUAUUUAUCUAUCGACCUAUCUAUUUAUUGAUUUUUCUACCGUCUUUAUUUUAUAGCUUUAACUUAAAAGGGAGAUGCGCGGACGAGUCGCAUUUCGCUCGGUGGUGGUCAGACUGUGUUGUGUACAUGAUGCAACAACUUCGUCAUAUCAGUUUGUAUAUCUGUUGUAAAAGUGCUAAAACCGUAGCAUUUACACGAAACCAUUUCACUUUUAGUCUAUAAAGAAACUGCUAAAUUAUAUUUGAGUGAACUGUAGAAAUCCCACGAUGACUUUUUUUUUUUUUUGAAAAAUCGGUUUCACUGUACUUUAUGAUCUUGUUUUAAGUUUGAUAAUAAACAUGAUAUGA